AUGCAUCGAAUCCCGGAUUGGAAUAUUGAAAGCGAUUCAAAAGGCUUCGGAGUGCCACCACGUUCGCCGAUUCCAAACCGAUCAACGCUAUUUGUCAAUGACAAAUUGAGCGGCGAGUUUUUUCAGAAUCUCGCGGCGAUGCGAGCAAAUCAAGAGCUUUGCGAUGUUAUUAUCGAAGCCCAAUCGUCACCAUCAAGUAAUGCUGAAGAUUCCAGACAGCAAGCAUUAAUUAUCCCACAGCAUAUUCAUGCUCAUCGCGUUGUUCUGUCAGCGUCAAGUCCAUAUUUUCGGGCAAUGUUUUCUGCGGGAAUGAUUGAAUCUAAUAAUAGAAUAAUUAUAAUAAAGGAGGUUGAUGCCGACAUUCUUUCUCAGUUAAUCGAUUAUAUGUACACUGGCAAAGUCGCAAUCGACGAACAAUGUGUGCAAUCAAUGCUCUCCACGGCGAACCUGCUCGAUCUUAUUUGUGUUCGAGAUGCUUGUUCAAAAUUUCUACUGGAACAACUCGACGUUUCGAAUUGUCUUGGAAUCGCGGCGUUCGCCAAAUUGCACUCUUGCUCACAAUUGGCAGACGCGGCGCAAUUGUUCACCCGACAGCAUUUCGGAGAUUUGAUUGACAACGAGGAGCUUCUAAGUUUAGAUGAAGCAAGCUUCAAUCAGCUGAUUACCGAUGAUCGAAUUACCACAAAGGGCGAAGAAGCAGUAUUCGAAGCAGUUAUCAAUUGGACGCGACAUGACCUUCUAAAUAGAAAAGAUGCUUUACCAAGGCUCCUAUCCGCCGUUCGCCUGCCAUUCCUCAACACCAAGUAUCUUCUCAAUCGUGUUUAUUACGAGCCGUUGAUCCGCCAAAACAAAGAAUGCCAGGAGAUGCUUCUCAGCGCGUGCAAAUUUCUUCUCGAAAGGAAUGAGAAGCCGAACACGACGUCCGACUCGCGAAGGGUGAGCCUCGCCAAUUCGGAUGCUGAACUGUCUGAAAUGAUGGAGAGAUGUCCGCAAUGGCUGCGACCACGCCAACCGGUUCCCAUAUCGAAAUAUGUGAUGAUCAUCGGAGGUCAAGCACCGAAAGCUGUUGCGAAUGUCGAUCUCUUCGAUCCGGACUCACAUUUAUGGAGCUCUUGUUCUCCGCUUCCUCAACGCCGCUGCCGUAGCGGUGUGAGCAUUUGCCGAGAUCUCGUCUACAGUACUGGAGGUUUCAACGGAGCACAACGUGUCAAAUCAGUCGACGUUUACGAUCCAAGAAGCGAUAUUUGGAUAUCCAGUUGUCCAAUGGAAUGUCGGCGAUCUACUCAUGGACUAACCGUUGAGGAUGGAUCCCUUUACGCUGUUGGUGGCUUCGACGAACUGGCGCCUGGUGCCCUCUUCCGUCAAUGA